AUGAUCUAUAGGGACAUCUGUGAAGCUAAUUUACCCUGGGACGAACAACUUUCUGAUAACCUGAUGCACCGUUGGCGCAACUGGUGUACUAGAGUACCAAGUAUAAUUGAAGUGCCCAGGAGUUUAGUCACACACAGAGAAAGGAUACAAGCCAUAGAUUUGCACGCAUUUGGAGAUGCUAGUGGCCAAGGUACGUCAGCAGCCGUGUAUGCAGUUAUCCUACAAGGCAGGGGUAUCGGUCAAGGACUCAUAACAGCUAAAUCAAGAUUGGCAAAGAAAGGGUUGACCAUUCCAAGACUUGAGUUAGUCUCUGCUCAAAUGGCGGCAAGGCUGAUGGACAACGUGCGAUCCGUUCUUGAAGGGUUGCCUAAGCACGUGGGAACAAAAGAUAAUCCCGCCGAUAUUGGAAGCCGAGGCUGCAACGGAGAUCAGUUGUCUGAAAAAUGGCUUGAAGGACCAAAAUGGCUUUCCAACCCUGAAAAAUGGCCAAGGGAAGUAAUCAUAGAAGCUACAGUUGAGACGGAAGCGGAAGUAAAGAAAUGCAAGGAGGUCUUCAUGCCUGCAGUUCAACUAGAGGAGGACAGGUUUUCAGCAAUCUUGGCGAAAUACCCCUAUUGGAAAACCAUGAGAAUAACAGCAUGGGUGUUCAGGUUCGUGUAUAACCUCAAUAAAAAACAGCAACGUCGACGGGGUCCACUCACGACUAACGAGCUACAACCACAAGUUCUCUGGUGGCUGAAAAGAGAACAGCUGCGCUUUGAAAACUCGGAUCAGAUGAGAGAAGACACUCAACGCUUAAACCUUAAGAAAAAUGAGAAAGGAGUGCUGGAAUGUCGCGCAAGGAUGCAAGGAGAAUGCCCGAUCUACAUUCCACCAGAGUCCGAAUUAGCAAAGAAGUUGGUCAUGCACAAACAUUUACGCACUCUCCAUGGGGGAGUCAGUCUGACAAUGACUGCGGUGAGGGAAAAUUACUGGAUACCACGUCUUCGACAACUCACAAAAAAAGGUCAGAAGCAGAUGCAACGGUUGCAAGAGGUUCCAAGCGAGUGCAUUCGCCAAACCACCCACUGGCAACCUCUCAAAGGACCGCACAGAAGGAUCACGGCCAUUCCAAGUCAUAGGUGUGGAUUACGCAGGUCCGUUCAUCUAUAA